UUUUUUUCUUUUCUUAUUUCGUUUCAAGACCACUCUCUAUUCCUCUAUUUCUCAGCAAGAGCUUUUACGCCUACACAUUUAUUACGUGUUAUCGUUCAGUCAACGUCGUCGUCGAAGAAGGAAAAAAAAACAGUAUUAAAUUCAUAAGUCAUGGAUCCCCGAAAGACUCGUUUUUCACCUUAUGAAGUUCGCGGUGGUCCUGGCGGAGGAGCAAGAGGAGGAUUCCGUGGGGGAAAUCAAGCACCUCAUCAACAGCAACAGCAGCAACAACGUGACGAUUUUUAUGGUCGUGCCAAUGGUGGCGGUGGUGGUGGCCCUGGCGGUGAACCAAGAAGAAAUAUGUUUAACAACGACAGAGGAAUGAGUGGUGGUGGUGGAGGUGGUGGCGCCAUGAUGAGAGCUAAAGGUUCACGAUUCCAACCACAGCAGCCUCAGCAGCACCAGCAAUAUCAACAGCAAAGACCUUCAUCAGAGUAUAACGACUUUAUGAACACGUCCAAUCUAAGCCGAUCGUCAUUCAAUUCUCCAAGUCCAAGUAGUUAUCAAACAGCACCUCCUCGUAGAACAGGUCAAAGUCGUUGGGAGCCCAAAAAAGAAAGUUGGGACGAGGAUCGUGUUUCUUUGAACAAUGAUGAUGAUUCGAGAAGAUCUGUUGAAAGGCUUCCUUCCCACAUAGAGCAACGUGUAGCACGAGAAAAACCUUGCCGAACAUUAUUUGUGAGAAAUAUUCAGUACAAUCUCAAGGCACAUGAAAUUAAGGAAAUGUAUGAGAAAUUCGGAGAAGUCAAGGAAGUUUUCAAUCUGAUCGAAAGCCGAGGCAUGGUGUUUGUCACCUUUCACGACAUAAGAGCGGCAGAGAGAGCAAAGGAAGCUACUCAAGGCAUGUUUCUGGCAAAUCGGAGAAUCGAUGUUCACUAUUCAUUGCCUAAAGAAGAGGAAGAGAAUGCAAAAUGUGAUCGUAGCAAGAACCAGGGUACUUUACUUUUUACAUUGAAGAACACUGAAGCCUGGUUACAAGAUGAUCAAUUGUACGACUAUUUUGCCCAGUUUGGUGAAGUCAAAAUUAUUCGAACACCCCAUUUCAGACAUCACACUGAAAACAAUGAGAGAAGACAACGAUUCGUAGAGUUUUUUGAUUCUCGGGCUUGCGUUGACGCGUUUGACAAUUGUCAUGGAAAGGAAUACAAGGGCGGCCGCUGGGAUGUAUCGUUCUUCUGGGAUCAUACCAACAGAGAGAGAAGUGAGGCGUUUGCUGCAAAGAAAGAAAGACCUGCUGAUGUUAAACCGGCUGGUCGAAGCGAUCGUCGUGACAACGAUCGUCGUCCUCGUGGUGGAAGAGACUUCUCUCGGUCGCGACGUCACAAUGACGAUGACCGUCGUGGCAGUCAUGAUGACAGUGGUCGAGGCGCCCGUUUCGGUCGUGGUAACAACCGGUCUAUUUCACCUCGUGGCGUGAACCGCCGUUAUGACCCUGAGAUACCAAGCUACACUUCAAACGAAGACAAUCAGCGACUUGAACAAGCACAAAAAGCACAGCAGGUAAAAUAGUUUAUAAGGAUAUAAUGGUAUGAUAGCAUGUGCUGGACUUUUUUCCUAAAAUUGGCUAACACUAUAUGUACAGCAACUGUUGAAUAUAUUCGCAAAGAAAGAUGAGCCCAACGAAGGAACCGGGGCAAUGGCUCAGCCUUCGACUUUUCUACCUGUACAGCAACAACCGCAGUCUUAUCCAACUUAUACUCCUCCAGCUGCCGGUGUGCCAAUACCACCAGCAACACAACAACAACAAGCAGCACCUCCCGCU